AUGCUUCCUACAUACUUCCCUCUUCGCUGGGAAAGCACUGGAGACCAAUGGUGGUAUGCUUCUCCCAUCGAUUGGGCAGCAGCUAAUGGCCAUUACGACUUGGUCAGAGAGCUUCUACGGAUCGAUGGGAAUCAUCUCAUCAAGCUGACCUCUUUGAGGAGGAUCCGCCGGCUCGAGACUGUAUGGGAUGAUGAAGAACAGUUCGAUGAUGUUGCUAAGUGUCGUUCUGAGGUUGCUAGGAAGCUUUUUAUCAAAUGUGAAUCGAAGAAAACAAAGAAUUCCCUUAUCAGGUGUGGCUACGGUGGAUGGCUUAUGUACACGGCUGCCUCAGCCGGAGACUUGGGUUUCAUUCAAGAACUUCUUCAAAGGAAUCCUCUACUUGUUUUCGGAGAAGGAGAGUAUGGUGUUACUGAUAUUCUUUAUGCUGCUGCCAGGGGCAAAAACUCUGAGGUUUUCACGCUUAUAUACAACUUUGCAGUCUCACCGAGGUUUAUGACAGCUAAUGCAGAAGGGUUCAAAGAGCACAUCGGGGAAAUACCUUCUGUUUAUAAGUGGGAGAUCACAAACAAAGCUGUUCAUGCUGCUGCUAGAGGAGGAAAUUUAAAGAUUUUAAUGGAGCUUCUUCAUGGCUACUACAAAGAUGUAUUGGCUUAUAGAGAUAAGCGUGGUUCGACCGUAUUACAUGCUGCCGCUGGCCGAGGCCAAGUUGAGGUGGUUGAAAAGCUCGUUUCAUCUUUCGAUAUCAUUGCCUCCGUAGAUGAUCAAGGCAACACCGCGUUGCAUAUCGCUGCUUACAGGGGCCAAGCAGCCGUUGUUGAGGCUUUGAUUCAUGUGUCUCCCUCGUUGAUCUCCGUAAGAAACAAUGCCGGGGAAACAUUUCUCCAUUUCGCAGUGUCUGGUUUUCAGACCCCAACUUUUAGAAGAGUUGACCUACAGAUCAAUCUUAUGAAGCGACUGGUACACGAAAAGAAGUUCAACAUGGAAGACAUUGUUAAUGCUAAAAACAAUGAUGGAAGGACUGCACUUCACUUGGCUAUCAUUGGGAAUGUCCACACUGACCUGGUGCAACUCCUUAUGUCUGCACCAUCAAUUAACGUGAACACCAGUGAUGCGAAUGGAAUGACUCCGCUCGAUCUACUUCGACGAAGGCCGCAUUCCGCUUCAUCGGAUAUGCUUAUCCGACACUUGAUUUCAGCCGGGGGAAUGUUUGGUUGUAAGGACCACACUGCGAGAAGAGCCAUUGCUUCACACUUAAAGAUGCAGCAUGGAAGCAGUCCCGGAACUUCUUUCCGAAUAUCAGACACCGAAAUCUUCUUGCAUACUGGUGUUGAGACUACAUGGGAUGCUUAUGAUGCUAAUGAUCCCAGUAGCAGAGGAAGAAGUCGUUCAUCCUCAAUUGAUUACGAUUCUGGUGAUGAAAACAGGAAAUCAUCAGUCAAUAUAAAACCAAGUUCGAAGAAUAAGGCAGCACAGAGAUUGAAAAGUGUUCUCCGUUGGCCUCAUAUGAAAGGGAAAAAACCGAAAAGAUUGAAGAAAUCAAUUGAAGGUUGCUCUGAAGAAACUCCAAUCCCACUUAGACAAAGAUUUUCAAAGCCUUCAUCAUCACUUCCUAACAACAAGAGAACACUAUCCGUGAGGAGUAAUCAAUCCAGUCCAAUUGCAAAGAAAAAACUUGCAUCAGGGAUUAUGAAAGGUGUUAUGCAAGACAUGCCGCAGUUAACGAUUCAGGGAAGAUCUCGAUCGAGUUCGUUCUCGAGGUCAUCCCUUUCUUCUCCGAGCUCAUUGGAUAAACAAAAGGGAAUUUUCACUGAGGAUAUUGGUGGACCAUCUUGCUACAUUCCAAGUACUGAUGAUGAAAAACCAAGUACAAUUGAGAAGCAAGGAUCAAACAAAAAGGGGUUAAAGAGACAGUAUUUCUGUUUUGGAGGUUCGGGCCUGACUAUGAAAACCACAGUUAGCAGGCAGAGGCCGAACCUGAACCUGAACCUGAACCAGACUACCGUAAAUCCAGCCAUGGCCUCAAUGGCUUGAUAUGGUUGUCUCUGACAGGAAGAGUUGGGUCCUGAAAUGAUCUCAAGACCAACAAUCUGAAUCUAUAUAGGAAGCAACUUACAAAAGAAGAAAGAUCAGCAAUAUCUGCAUCUUGCUGUCUGGUUCAUAUAUAACAAUUAUAUAAUAAAAUAAACCUGUAUGUGGAAAAUAAACUUUUAUGUUUCUAAGCAGUUGAUAUGAUGAAAUCUGAAGUUCUCAUUUUAGAUUGCAUAUAA